GUGUAUCUGCGUUCCCCCAGCCCGAGGAGGUCUGAAGCGGAAGCAAAGCCACGAAUCUUCACAUAGCAUCCAGCGGAUUAUAGCGGCAGCUGGCCUCGCAUCAAACGAAGGCCGUCUCAGGUGAAGAGCUGAUUAUCAACUAGUCCAACAACACUCGAGGAUUCAGCAUGACGUGUGUCGAUUACGUUAUUCGAGGGGGUCGCGUGAUCGAUCCUAAAAACGAAAUCGACAUUAUUGGAGAUGUAGCAAUACAUCAGGGACUAAUUCAUUCCGUCGGAGAGGGGUUGAAGGUUACAGGGAAGGAAGAAUUCAACGCCGAGGGUUGCCUGGUAACACCUGGUCUUAUUGAUGGUCACGUGCACUGUUACCAGUAUGCUACGCCCCUUGGGAUAAACCCGGAUGAAAGAUGUCUGUCAAGAGGAGUGACAACAGUUGUGGAUGCCGGAAGCGCAGGAUCGUCCACCUUCCUCGGUUUGCGCAAGUUCAUAGCGGAGCGUAGUGAAACUAGAGUCCUUUGUUUCCUGCAUAUUGCGGCACAUGGAUUAGCGGCUGCUGGUUGCGCCUCUGGAGCCCCUGGCGGUGAGUCGGAUUGUUUGAACCAGUUGGAUGUGACGUCAUGUCACGAUGUUGUGGAACAAAACCGGGAUAUGAUUGUCGGUGUGAAAGCCAGGCUGUCGGAAAGUAUUACAAAUAACGGCAAAAACGAGCAGGAGGUCUACAGGCGAGCCAUGGAGGUAGGCCAGCUUUGUAAGGUACCGAUAAUGGCUCACCAUACGUUAUCAACUAUACCUACACAGGGCCGAACAGGUGACGACUGUCUUUGCUGCCCACGUGACAUGGCCCCUGGUGACAUUUACACACAUACUUAUCACGCAUUCCCUAGCACUAUCAUCGAUCCGGAAACCGGCAACAUACUCGAUGACGUCAUCGAAGCACGAAAGAAGGGUGUGCUUUUUGAACUUGGACAUGGUCAAGGAUCUUUUAGCUGGACAGUUGCCGAAUUGUGUGCUAGGAGAUCAUUCUGGCCGGAUAUCAUAGGAACUGACCUUCAUUCUGGGAAUCUGGACGGUCCAGUUUACGACCUCCCACGAGUGAUGACUAAAUUAUUACAUCUAGGUAUGCCUCUUUAUGACGUCAUUUCCGCUGUGACGGUGAAUACAGCCAAAGCUAUCGGAAGAGAUGAUCUUGGCUCUUUGUCGUCUGGUAGAGAGGCAGAUGUAACAGUCAUCACAUUAGAGGAAAUAGAACGUGAUCUUGAGGAUUCUCAGUCGCAGACGAGACGUGUGCGCCAAUGGAUUACACCUGUAGCUGUAUGGAAAAAAGGAAAGCGACAUGAAAUUACUCAGCCGAAAGAAAUUCCCAACAUCGCUGCCAUGAAAAGCAACGCUAAGGAUUGGCCAGCUCUGGUUAUCAAGGAUGCCAAACCUCCGUCUGUUUUGCAGGACAAAUAAUGGCUUGAUCUUAACAACAGCUUUAUGUAAACAACAACAAAUACAGCAAUCAAUCAAACAAUCGAUCAAUUCAAUUAAACAAAAAAUAAGAUUGAAAAAAGCAUGAUUGUCAACAACAGAAAAUCAAUGAAAAACGAAGACAUAUUCACAACUGAAUUGCAGCAUUAUCAAUAAAAGUAUUCUAACCAGGAGUUAUUUUAAGAGAAAUAGGAUUUGACAGUUUAUCUAUAUAUCUUGCCAUGAUCAUGUGGUCUCAAAUUUGUUCCGCGAUAAGAAAUGUUGUUCCAAUAUGAGGGCAUCUAGCGAAAAACUACCAAAAGAAAAAAAAAACUCAAUGAAAACGUGCAAUUAACAUUGGCUGACAAUUUGACUGUAUCAUAAUAGUAAACAUGUAAUAUGCAGUUUAUUGUAAAUAAAUAAUCUGUUUUUGUUUUUACCUAUAAGUUGGUGUACUGUUAUAUG